AAUUUGCUUUGAAAACCGGAAAUGACACCGAUGUUAUAAAAAAAAGAUGGGAGUUUGGAAGCCGGACGAAAAAGUAGUGAAAAACGUGAACUCACAAACUAUUUCACAGUCACAGUAAGCAUAAUUAUCAUUGGAAUAAGUUCAUGUAGAGGCAGCUCUUCACUAUUUCACCUUCAGUGAGUGAUUGAUCCGAAUUCUCCCCAAGGCAGCUAUGGAUGACUCCAAGAAGAGAAGAACCUGGUAAUUCACGACCUGCAACUCUUCAGAUUAUCUCUGAUUUCCUUCACGAUUCCAAGACAACACCAAGAAUGCUCGAUCUGAAAAACAGGGCCGUUUGUAACCCAUUCAGAAAAGGCUUCAGGGCAUCUUUUGCUACCCACCAUCUCAGCGUGGAUCUCUGAUCCGCCAGUGAUCCGUCAUGGAUAACAACGUACUGGACAUUUUGCCCAACUUUGGGGUCCAAUUGCCAGUGAUCCCCCUGACUUUUACGAACCUGGUUUCCUGGAUCGCCUCAUUUUUCAUGAUCUUUGGAGGAAUCAUUCCAUUUGUGCCCCAGUACAUGGACAUCCGAAGGACUGAAAAUGCCGACGGCUUUUCUACAUAUGUGUGCCUAACUCUAAUGGUGGCUAACAUAUUGAGAAUAUUAUUCUGGUUUGGCCAUCCAUUCGAGUUGCCUCUUCUAGCACAGAGCAUCAUCAUGCUGUUCACCAUGAUGGCAAUGCUACAUCUCUGCACUAAGGUCAAUCGCAUCCAGGAAAUCACAAUCAGGAAACGUAGAUUUAUAGAUUUUGAGACGAAGCAUUUUUGGAAUUGGACGUACUUUGUGGACUAUGUCAUUUUUAUUACCGUCUUCUCCAUACUGGGCGGAGUGAUCACAUACUUUCUAGCUGGCCAAUCCAUCUUUGUGGAAAUCUUGGGAUUUUUAGCCGUAUUUGUUGAAGCCAUGCUGGGCAUGCCACAGUUUUAUCGCAACUUCCAGAACAAGUCUACAGUGGGUAUGAGUAUAAAAAUGGUGUGCUGUUGGUUUUCGGGUGACAUCUUCAAGACCAUUUACUUCAUCCUCAAGCAGGCGCCGGCCCAGUUUUGGGUGUGCGGUAUCAUGCAGGUCACCAUCGACGUGGCCAUCUUGACCCAGGUCUGUUACUACACCAACAAGCCGCCCCAGAAGGUCGUCAAGAUAGCCGCAACGGAGAACGUUCACAUAUCAUGAUCAUGGGAAAUAGCUUGAGUUCCUUCAAUUAAAAGACAGGAAAACUGGGGACAAUUUUUAUUGAAAAUAAGAUUGUGAUCCAGCAUGAAAAAACCUGAAACCUUCCUUCAAACAGGAGUUAAGCUACAUGUACCUUCAAAAAAAGUUUCAAUAUGCGCAUUUUCUAUCUGCUUUGUGUUGCAGGCCUUAUGCAACAGUCUGAAAACAUGCACAUGUACAUGUACUGUACAUUGUACAUGCUGCUUUUAGGUAUCACAUGAUAGGAUACGUCUUGAGAAUUUCAAUGCUGGACAAAAUUACCAAAAAAUUAGAAACUUGUGUCAGAUGUUUACAAAUCAACAUAGUCCUCUUCCUACUUUUUUAAAAAAUCCAGCACACCUGUUGCAUUUACCUUAACCGAUUUUUUUUUAAAAACCCAAACAUUUAAAGACCUGCUUUUUUUCUGAAAUCGGGUUUUGUUGUGCUGCAUCACAAGUAUUUUAUGAUGGUGCUACUAUCCUGUCUGUGUUGCGUAGCCUUAGAAUGAAAUUGGUAUCAUUCCAAGAGAUAGGAUCUCAUGAAUCAGUACCCUCUAGUUUUGUUAUGCAUAUACAUGUAUUGGUUUUAGUUUUGAUUCCAGGGGAACAAUGCUUAGAGGCUGUAGUUAAUUUAUUGUCACUUUUUCCUCCUUUCAUACAGAUGCAUUGAGUUCAAUUUUGUAACUUGUCUGCGCAUGCAUUGCAUCCUUCAGACACCGUAAAGAUGCUUGCGUACUAGCGCCAUCUUUUGUUCAUGCACAAAGUCAGAUGAGAAUCGUUGGUACCUAUGGCUGGUAAUCUUAAUGAAGAUACAAACAUAAUGCAUGUGCAGGUUCAUUUAUGUUUGCAUUAUGUUUAAUUGAACCAGAUAUUAUACCAUCAUUUUAAUUGUUCUACCAUCGUUAUAAAUGUGUCAUAAUUGAUUGGGGAUUUAGUUAGUUUUGACAAAUUCUGGGAUUUUUUGUUUGUUUAAGUUUUAGAAGGAAUUUUUCUGCUGUAAUGGGGUAGAUUUUGAAAUGAGCAAAAAAGUGGAAAAGUAGAACAUUAUUAUUAGCCAAUAAAAUUGGGUUGUGAUUUGUUACAUUGUGAUUUCCUAGGCGGGAUCCCCAAAAUGAAAGUUGUUAAGCUAAACAAGCUGGGAAAUAUUGGCUGCUGGUUUGCGUAAAAAAAACUAAAUCAUCUUAACAAAUUGUUAAGGAUGACAUUGUAGCAAGCAAAACAUUUGUCUCCAUGGGAUUUUCAUACUUUGGCUACAAAAAUCUUUUAACAUAUUUUUGAAAGUUGGAGUGGGCUCUGGAAAUGUAGUAUUUUCAGGCUCCAUCCUUCUUGCACCAUGUUGUUGAGAUUUAAUUCCAUUGCUGUGACAUCAAUAUUUUUUUCAAAGAAACUGCUUUUAAUAUAUGUAAAAUUUUGAUUCGUUUGUAUAUAUUGUUGAGUUUCUUGUGUUUCCAUCUUUAUUGUGCCUACAUGUAUGCCGACAUCAUAAUCGGCCAAUAUGAGAAUUUUUUUUUAGUAACCCUUGACGGGAGAAGUUGAAAAUCAAUAUUAGAUUUGCCCUUCACUGGCAUAUAAACACUGUAUGCUCAGUGUGUUACCUCCCAAGUGAAAGUUGGAAAAAAUCACUCGGGUGGGACUCGAACCCACAACCUCCUGCUUUGUACUGCAGACGUCUUGUCACUUAACCACCGAGCUUGCAGGAUCCGUUAGCUGGUUCGAAUCUGAUGUACAUGUAGCAGGAGUAGUUGCGUUAUGUCCUAAACAAUGAUGUCAUUCUCUUAUUCAACUGGUACCCACUCACAAUUGGUUUCCGGUAUCCUUGUCAUUUUUUGUUUUAAGGGCCUUUCCACGUGUCUGAUAACAAUAGUCAUCAUCUGUGUGAGCACUUUUAGUCUUGUUACAAGGCUGGUUUGUGUUGAUAAAGCCCUCUACCGGUGGUUUUGCUAUAGACGACUCCGGGCACAUGACCACUGUACUACAUGAGGCCCCCUUUAAUGUUUUGGACCACGAGCAAUCGAUCUACAUGUAGCUUAUUAUUGUAUUCAUUAGGACUUAUUUUUACUUCUGAAAAUUAUGUACAACAGGAUGCCAAAGAAUGUCAUUAUAAAAAGUGAAAUUUGUAAUUAUCAAGUUUUUAUGGCCAGUACUGUGUAUAAAAAAAAUGAGAUCAAAAGGGACAUUUGGGAGACAAAUGGCUCAGUAACUUUUCCAAUGAAAUUUAUUAUUUCACAAAACAAAAUCAAAACAAAUUUCACAAUUUAUAUAAGCAACUUGUUUCAAGAGAAUUUCUUUUGUCUGUAAUGGUCUAUACAUGUACACCUAAAUAAAAUCCUGAGGUUAAAACUUACAAUGAAGUUUGGGAGGUAAAAUUUAUACCAAAUAACAUUAAAUGCCCAUCAGGAGAAGUAUCAGCAUAUACCCGACUGCAUUUAACAUUGUAAAUGAACUGUUUAACUGGCAAUUAUGCGUCCUUAAUGGUAUGUAGUGGGUAAUGUAUUAUGAAUGUAUACAUUCUUUCCUCGCCUUCACCUUAAUGGCCUGGGUUCGAUUCCUGCCUUGGUCCACAUGUGGAUUGGUUUGCAGUCUAUACAACAUUUCCUGGGUUUUUCCCAGAAUAUUCUUCUGGGGUUUUCCUCAGUUCCCAUCUCUAAAAGUAAAAUUUCUUAAUUGUCUCCUCUUUGUGCAGAUACGAACAUGAUUAGGAAUUUAUUCAGGUUUGCGAGCUAUAGUGCAUAGGGUGCUUUGAGGAAUCCUUGGUUUCAUUACCAGAAAUAAAUAAUACAAAAUAUCGCUAAUAAAAAUUCUGUUAAAAUAUAUCAUUUACAUGUAUAUCACCUCAGCUGACAGUAAACAUUUGCAAAAUUGAAAUCUGUAUAUUUCAUUGAAAUGUGGAGAUUACCUUGAAUAAAAUCUGAUUUUUAAUAUAUUA